GGCAACGCGACGGCUGCGGAGGCGGGCCCAGCCCCCUGCGGCGCCCCGGUCCCUGCCCGGGCGGCACCCGCCUGCCAGCGUGGGGGCAGCUGCACCGCCACGCGCUGUGCCCUGAGCCCGACGGUGCAGGGGCGGCAUCGGGCGGCCCCCGGCCCCGGCAGUUGCCUCAGCAGAACCUAUUAACACUGUUACCACACCUGUGAUGGUAUUAUCAAUGUUGCUGGAUAUUUUUGCAUGAUAAGCUGUAGAUGGUGAGAUGAGGCCAAUGAGUUCCUUCUCCCCAAAGUGUUGGUCCUAUCCUCUUCCAUAAUACUAUCACCUGUAUCGUUAGGUUACUCACUACAGCUUUUUGUUCUUCCUUCAUCAGUGGACACAUUCCUGCCGGUCUUUGUGCUACCAUUUAAUUUGCACAGCAAGUUCUACAACACUGAACAGAUGACUGAUCUCAGCCAGGACAAGAAAACCAUAAAAUGCACCAAGUGCUCCGCUUCAUUUCAACCAAGCGAUGUUGUAUUUUUUUGCCCCAAUUGCAACAAGGGUCCAGUGUGCUCCGGAGGUACUCUGCUAGAGACAUCUGAGUUUUUAAGUUCCCAUGAUGACACCUUGCCUCACCAGUCAGAGGAACAAAUCUCUUUUGUAACAGAGAUGCCAAAAUCAGAGCUAAUAGAAUCUUAUAGAAAAAUGCUCACCCAGUCAACUCGCAGCAGUAGUGCAGAAAGCAAAGUUCCUCACACACGAAUAGAUGAUGGAGCUGCUAUUCAGCAAAUCUAUUAUUUCGGAAGAAAAUUAGGACAAGGCAGCUUUGGGGUGGUAAUUGAAGUAAAACACAAGGAAACCGGCAAAAAAUGGGCAAUCAAAAAAGUGAAUAGGGAAAAGGCUGGAAGCUCUGCUGUGAAGCUACUUGAACGGGAGGUGAGCAUCUUAAAAAGAGUGAACCAUGAGCAUAUAAUACAUUUAGAAGAGGUGUUUGAGACCCCUAAGCGGAUGUUCCUUGUAAUGGAGCUGUGCGAGGAUGGAGAACUUAAAGAAAUUCUUCACAGGAAAGGAUGCUUUACAGAGAACGAGACAAGGCACAUAAUUCAAAGCCUUGCAUCAGCAAUAGCGUAUCUUCACAAAAAAGAUAUUGUUCAUAGAGAUCUAAAACUGGAAAACAUUUUAGUUAAAAGCAGUGAAACUGAUGAAGAAAACGAAAUGAAAUUAAAUAUAAAGGUGACUGAUUUUGGUUUAGCUGUACAGAAAGUAGGUGGUAGCGAAAGCAUGUUUCAGUCUACGUGUGGGACUCCUACCUACAUGGCCCCAGAAGUUAUCAGUGCCCAUGACUAUAGCCAACAGUGUGACAUUUGGAGCAUAGGAGUCAUUAUGUACAUGCUGUAA